UUUCCCAACAACUACUUCCCCAAAUUCACAAACUUGCCCCCUUUCUUUCAAGAUUCCGUCAACUAACCGUCAAAGAUCCCCGGCCAACCUCCAUUUUUGCCGGCGACGAUGUUCUCCGGCCAUUAUUUUUCUAUCUAAACUUGAUAUUGCUUGGAGAUAUGUAGGGAACAAGUGUACAUUGAAACAAAUAUAUAUACAUAUAGAUACGUAUACUUACAAAAAAUACAUAUAGAUAUACGUACAGAACAGAGAGAGUGAGUGAGUGAGUGAUGGAUUUGGUUGAAGGAGUCGGUGAGAGUUCUUCGCCGCCUCGGAGUUUUGGAAGUUUUAGCGGAAGUGAAAUAGUGAAUGAUGUGUAUAAUCGGUUAGUGGAGAAUGGCAACGAAGAGGCUAUUAAUCAUCCUGAAUUUCGGGAUCAGUUGGAAGCUCACUUCAAUCGUUUUCCUGCUAGUUAUGCACUUGAUAUCAGCUUGGAAAGAGUUGAAGAUGUGCUAUUGCAUCAAAAGCUUCUUGUUUUGGCCAAGGAUCCUGAGAAUAGACCUGUUUUUCAUGUUCGUCUUUUGGAGAACUUUUGGACUAGAGCAGAUGUUGAUGAUGGUGACCAACAAGGAUUAUUGGAAGUACUUGCACCAUCACAUGCCAGUGAUAGGAAUCAAGAGGUUGGUUUUGAACCUUGCUCUAAACUCGAGGACCUAAAUUUGGAGGUCAGAAGAAAUUCUGUCGAUAAGGAGAGAGUGAACCUUGAAGGAGAAUCUUCCAGAAGAGUGGAUGUUCCAGAUGUGCCAAUUCAUGAAGUGAUAUUUUCUGCUAUUGACAAGCCUAAGCUCCUCAGUCAGCUUUCAGCUUUGCUUUCUGACAUAGAACUCAACAUCCGUGAAGCACAUGUGUUUUCAACUACAGAUGGCUAUUCUUUAGAUGUAUUUGUGGUGGAUGGAUGGCCUUUUCAGGAAACAGUGGCUUUGCAUGAAGCGAUGGAGAAAGCAAUUUCUAGAAGUGAGGGUUCAUGGUCUGGUUCUUCACAUUCUAUGUCAGCUGUAGAGAAAGCAUUAGCCACUCCAGCCGAUUUUGUAGAUGCAGAAAUUGAUAGAAGAUUAUUGAAGAUCGGGGAAAGACUUGCAUCUGGAUCUUGUGGAGAUUUAUAUCGUGGAGAGUACCUUGGUCAGGAAGUUGCUGUCAAGAUACUUAGAUCUGAACAUCUAAAUGAAUCAUUGGAGGAUGAAUUUGCUCAUGAAGUAGCGAUGCUCAGGGAGGUCCAGCAUAGCAAUAUUGUUCGUUUUGUUGGUGCGUGCACAAAGCAACCUCCUUUGUGCAUAAUAACAGAAUACAUGCCUGGAGGAAGCCUUUAUGAGUAUUUGCAUAAGAACCACAACGUCUUGAAGCUUCCCCAGUUACUGAAGUUUGCUAUAGAUGUCUGCAAAGGAAUGGAUUACUUGCACAAGAGCAACAUAAUACAUAGGGAUCUGAAGACUGCAAAUUUGCUUAUGGACAGUCAAAAUGUUGUGAAGGUGGCAGAUUUUGGGGUUGCUCGAUUUCUGAAUCAAGGGGGAGUUAUGACAGCAGAGACUGGAACUUAUAGAUGGAUGGCUCCUGAGGUGAUAAAUCAUCAACCAUAUGAUCAAAAGGCCGAUGUAUUCAGUUUCGCAAUUGUUUUAUGGGAACUACUGACAGCCAAGGUACCUUAUGAGAAAAUGACGCCGUUGCAAGCAGCCUUGGGAGUAAGACAGGGGCUUCGGCCAGAGGUUCCCACAAAUACACACCCGAAGCUGUUGGAGUUGAUGCAGAGAUGUUGGGAGUCGGAUCCUGCUAACCGCCUUCCCUUUCCUGAAAUCAGAGUCCAACUUGAAGGCUUACUCCAUGAAAUUCAGGAUGAAGCCGAAACACCGAAUGGCAACUAAGCUUGUUCGAACUGUGUAUAUAUCAUUUACAGCUAUGAGAUGGUAGAAUUCCCACCUCCGUUCUACUACGCUUUCGUCUAUGAUUUUUUGCGUAGUAUCAACCUAUAGGAGAUGGAAAUUACGUGACCGAGAAUUAGUGUACAUAUGUGUUUGACAAAAGGGGAAGAGAAGCAGCUCAUAUGAACUCAAAAAACGCCCACCACAAUGUUCUCUCUCCGUCUAGUGACCGUUGAUGAACUGCAGAUUUUGUUAGUCGCUGUUUUCUGGUUCACUUUUUAUUUGUAAUUUUGGGUGUCUAGGCCUGCUUGCAUACACCUCGAUGAACCACGUGUGCCCAGAAGAAAACAGGCAAGAAAGUCCACAGUGGCCUUGAGGAGACUUGAACUAACGAUCUAUGAGCCCCAAAGCCUUGCUUUUAUUCAUCAGUUCAAUUGACCCUCAUGGUUCACGGGUAUUAUGUUUCCAAGUUCAACUGAAGCAUUGUUUUUUUAUAGUAUUGGACCGAAGUAUCAUCCCUGUAUUUCACUAUUAUCGUCAUAUUGUUCUAUAGUUUGUGAAACGAAGAAAAGGGACGGGACAAAUAUUUGAUGUGAACCCGAUUAUUGUGAUGGUUGGAGUCUCACAUUGG